AAGUCUCCACUUCAAUGAAUCAACGCCUCUCUUGGCCCUUCUCGUGACCAGAUAUAUGUGUACAUAUAAAACAUCAUAUCACGUAGAAUUUAUCAACAGGGAAGCAGUGGAACGAAUUGCCUCGCGCAUUGGGAAACCUAUUCACAUUGAUCGGGUAACUCAAUCCGGCGCUAUCGGGAGAUUUGCCCGAGUUUGCGUCGAAGUGGAUCUUACCAAACCCCUUCUCUCACAGUUUAAGAUAUAAGGAACCACAUACUACAUCGAGUUCGAAGGGUUACACCAAAUUUGCAUAGAGUGUGGUCGCUACGGUCACUCUGUAAAGACCUGCCCUACCUUGUUCAAAGAGACGGAAGUACCGACGACCAAGCAGAACCCACAGCCUCCAGCACACAACUCGCAAGUUCCCUACGGGACUGGAUGGUGGCUAAGACGCGUGGAAGGAAGCAAGUGAAUAAGGGUCAGCAAGUUGACAAACAAAAGAGUGUAGCUCAGGGUGAAGUGCGAGCCAAACCAAGUGCUAGCAAUGGAUCCCGUUUUCAAGUCCUAUAGGAGGAACACGAGGUGAUGGAAACAGAAACCAACACACAGGUGACCUUGGUGCUGAACAAUGCAGUUGGGGGGACAACCUUGCCUUCUCGCUCAGUAGAGGCAGUGUCUGAAACAACCUAGGCAAGUGCGGUUGUAAUUCCUCCCAUGAGGCCUCCCCUGGUGGAGGUGCCUAUCAUGAUGGUGACUCCACAGACACAACCCUCUGAAGGCGCUCUCUCAAAGGGGAAUGGACCAAGCGAUACUGUUCUCCCCAACCCCGCUCUGGUCUUCUCGGCUCAGAAAACCAAUCCGGGUGACAAACUGCAUGUCGAUUCCGUUGACCCGGGGGGAACGGUACCACAGAAAAUUAAAACAAAGACGAAGAGUGGAACAGCUGGGGCACAGAGUCAAGCCAAAGGUACACAGAAACAGCACGCCCAGCGUGCCGGGAGCCAUGCGGCUCAUAUUCCUCGUUCUUGACCUCGCCACCUUGGGUGGUCCUUAGUGAAGUCAUUUCCCUCUUCUUUUCUUUGUUUAAUGAUUAGUAUUCUAGCUUGGAACUGCCAAGGGGCAGCGAAUGAUUUGUUUUUGUCUUCAUUACGGUUAUUUUCUGAGCCUAACAGGUCGGAUAUUGUUAUUAUAGUCGAGCCGCAUAUAUCACCUUGUAUACAUCCUAAAAAUGUAAGAGAUUCGCUCCUUACUUUUACAGGUAAUGGUCGUAUAAUCAACUUGCCACGAGAACAUGCAGCACAUGGUACAUCUUUAAACUGAUAAAUUUUGUGACCUUUCAAUGGAUGUCCACAUGUAUUGGUAAUGAUUUUUCAUACCAUAAUCAAUCUGGGAUGCCUACCCGGUCAUGCCAAACUAUAAACUUAUCAAGAUUUG